GGAAAGGGCGGCGGCCCUGGGAUUGGCGGUUUUGCCUUUAGGGGAUUUUGAGGAGGAAAGCGAGGUGCUCCUCGAGGCGUACCUCCUGUGAUACGCUCAGGUGAGACCCCACCUGGAGUGCUUUGUCCAGCUCUGGGGCCACCACCGACCUACUGGAGCGAGUCCAGAGGAGGCCACCAAAAUGACUGGAGGCAUGUAGCACCUGUCCUUCGGUGAAUGAUUGGGGCAAUUGAGUUUGUUCUGCCUGGAGGAGAGACGGCUUCGAGAUGACCUAAUUGUGGCCUUCCAGUACCUGAAGGGAGCCUACAAGAAAGUCCUGUAGGGAAAAGGGCCUUUUUACAAGUGCAUGAAGUGCCAGGACAAUGGGAAAUGGAUUAAAACUGAGAGUUGCAUCUUUUCAAGGAGUGGCUGUUCGCAGCCUCAGCACAUCCUCCCCUCAUGAUCACCCAGAACAUGGAAGAUUAGUUUAUAAAGGAAAUUUGGCAAAGACAGUGUUGGGUGUGAAGUUUUUCUCCUACUCCACCAGCAUAUUCAACCUGUUCAUGAUGCCCUACAUCAUGCUCAAAAGUGGUAUUGGAGUGGAAAGUUUGCUUGUCCAAGCUGCCUUUUAUGGGUUGAUCGGAAUUUUUACAUUUGUAACUCCAGUUACUUUGCAUCUCCUUACAAAAGGUUACGUGAUCCGGCUCUAUUAUAAAGAUGAAGUGGACACCUACACAGCCAUUACCUACAAUGCCAUCUUGGCAGAAAAAGCAACUGUUUUCCAUCAGAAAGAUGUAAAGAUUCCAGACAUCUCCAAGAUGUUUACAACAUUUUACGCUAAAACGAAGUCAAUGCUUGUUAAUCCUACGCUUUUCCCAAAUCCUCAGGAUUAUAACCAUCUCAUGGGCUAUGAUAAAUCCUCAUUUUUUAAAUUUGAGGAUUUAGAGGCGGUAAAGGAAGCUGAUGAAAGGAAAUAAUUUGAAGAUAAUGUCAGUAUCAUUGUCCAUAGUGCAGUACUAUAUAUGUGAAAGAAUAUAAAAAUCUAUUACACUUGCUUAAGUAUCAGGUAGCUGGAGUUUUCCAUAUGCAUUUUGGAAUGUAUAAAAAGAGACACUUUUUAAAAAAUAUUGCAAACAAUGUGAGGAUUUCUUUAGAGUUAAUGACAUAAAAUACAGUAAAAAAAGGAGAUGCUUA